GUGUAUGUCCUCCAGGUAUCUGGAAAAUGGCUGAUCCAAUCCACUUCACACUUGGCAGGUGAAUUUUUUCAUUCAUUUCAUUUGGACUGAAUGACCAAACAGACUCAUUACAGGGCUGUAACACAGCUUAAGCUUCAAACUUCAAACUUUAUUUGUCAGUAUACUUUUACAUACACCGAAAUUCUCUUCUGAAUCCUGAAUCACAAUCUAAUUAGAUGUUCCCACCCCUAAUACAUCAUCUUCAUUAUGGUAAUGAGACAGGGGUGAUAAAAAUCAAGAAUGUGUCCAGUGCCUUGGUCAUCACCCACCAACACUGAUGCCUCGACAAACUUGAGCUUUCAAAGGGUAAGGUGUUUUCAUCCAGAGAUCUAUUGCAAUUUUACAUUCGUGCAGGACAAAAUAUUUUAAAAUGAACAUAUGUUUCAUAUUUAUAUGAUUGUUACUUAUUGAAAGCAAACUGAUUUGCAGGAUCCCGGAAACAUGGCAUCAGAAGUCAGCAUCAUCCAAACUUAUGCUGACUUACAUCCGUGUCAUAGGGGAGCAAAUGUGUCUGACAUACUGACAAGCCCUCCUUCCAUAGCAUGUAUUUUAUUAUACAUUUUCCUUGGCUCACUGGCUGUUGUCACAGUGUGUGGAAACCUUCUUGUCAUAAUCUCCAUCAUUUAUUUCAAACAGCUGCACACUCCUACAAACUGUCUCAUUCUCUCUCUGGCCUUGGCCGACCUGCUUGUUGGUGUUUUAGUUUAUCCUUUCAUCAUGGAAUACAUUUUGACCUUGGGGCUGUAUCAUAAUGAUUUAUCGCGUAAUAUAGAACACGGCAUUAAUACAUGUCUGAGCACAUGUUCCAUUUUGAAUUUAUGUUGUAUUUCCAUUGAUAGAUAUUAUGCAGUGUGUCAGCCUCUGACAUAUGCAACUAAAAUAAAUGUCUGUGUUGCUGUGAUCAUGAUCCUGGUGAGCUGGGGUGUUUCUGUUAUUGUUGCAAUUGGUUUUGCAAUUGCAGGAUUAAACCAGGAAAAAUGUGAAGAAAGGUGUUUAAUUGAUGCUCUAUAUGCAAACAUGUUAGGACUUAUUUUCUCAUUUUACCUCCCAGUGAUUGUAAUGCUCUGUAUCUAUCUGAAGAUCUUCCUUGUUGCACAGAGACAGGCUCGCAGCAUCCAGAGCAUAAAGUCUGGAGCAGCUGUCAGUAAGAUGGAGAGAAAGGCCACAAAAACACUUGCAAUCGUCAUGGGAGUUUUUCUGAUGUGUUGGUCUCCUUUCUUUCUCUGUUCUACCUCUGAGUUUUUGGGUCAUGUGUCAUUGAGUGUUGCUGUAUAUGAAGCUCUUUUCUGGCUUGCAUUGUCAAAUUCAAUGCUCAAUCCAUUUAUCUAUGCUUUCUUUUACAGCUGGUUCAGAUCAGCAUUCAGAAUGAUCAUUUCUGGAAAAAUAUUUCAAGGUGAUUUAACUAAUGCGAAACUGUUUUGAAAUAUUCUCUGGAGUACUGA